CAAGCCCAUCAUUAUCUGUUCAAAAGUUUGAUUCUUUCCACAUUAAUUUCUUCUAAAUCUUGCAAGAUUAAUAUAGGAUUGGGGUUGUCAUUUACUCAUAUGCCUUUUUCUUUUCUUUUUUUUUGCCUUUCUUCUCUGUUGUGUGUGUUUGUAGAGAUUUCACCGAUUUGGGUUUUCUCACUGUCACAUCUCACUAGUGUGGUUUGAUUUCACUAAAGGUACAGUCUUUGUGAUCUAUGCCCAUCCAUACUUGAGGAUUUUUCCAUUUUCCAUUUUUGGGAGUUUGUUUUUGCACUUUGAUGUUGCUAGAUCAGGGAAAUGUUGUAGAAAUCUGAGUUCAGCUAAAUCUUGAUUGUUUGUAUGUGUUUCUUGAUUUAGUAGUUGGAUUGGAGGUGUUUGAAGUAGGAUGGAUGAGAAUCAAGAAUUGAGGUUUGUUUGUAAGUUGUGCUUCAAGAAAUACCCUUGUGGGAAGUCUCUUGGAGGCCACAUGAGGUCAUGUGUAGUUGCAAAUGCAGCUGAAUCUGAUGACAAACUGAUUGAUCCCAACUUUAAGAAAUUCCCAUCAUUUAUUGUUGUUGGUGGUGGGAUGGAAAGCCCAAUGAGUGAUUCAAGAAUUGGUGAUUUAGGAAAUGGGCAGUCUAGCUAUGGCCUAAGAGAGAAUCCUAGGAAGAGUUGGAGGGCUGUGGAUUCAACCUCCCCUUUGCCACAAGAGAAGUUUUGCAAGCAAUGUGGCAAAGGGUUUCAGUCAAUGAAGGCUUUGUGUGGGCACAUGGCUUGCCACUCUGACAAGGAUAGGGGCAUGAAAGAUGAUCAUUCUUGGACCAGUGAGAGCCAGAAGCUGGUGAUGGACAGCCAUUCCGACACGGAGGGUGAGGACCGGGCAAUCAGGACUAGGUCCUCCAAGAGCAAGAGGUUUAGGAAGAUUGUAGUGAACUCCCCUUUCCCCAAUGGCUCUUUGUCCGUCUCUGAGAUUGAUGGGGAGGAGCAGGAGGAGGUGGCCAUGUGUUUGAUGAUGCUGUCUAGGGAUACUGGGAGUAAAGGCGAGAGUUCUGAUAACAACUCUGUGAUCUUGGAGACUAAGUCCUCCUCCAUUGAUAUAAAGAAUAUGAGAAAAAAGUGUGAUCUUGUCAAGAAUGAGAAGAAAAUUGGAGAUGUUGUUAAGGGGGAGAAUUCAGACUCGGAUUAUUUCUUGGACGAAUGCGCCAAGGGGGAGGAGUCCGAUGUGUCCAUGGAUGGGUUGCGUAGGAGCAUUGGUGUGGAUGAGUAUGAGGAGUUUAGGCAGAGCUUGAACCGAAGCCGGAGCUAUAGAGCUGAGGUGAAGAAGGUAUUAGCGAAGGAGAAUGAGUAUGAUCAUGGCAAUGCUAAUAGUAUAGCAGCUAGGAUUGAGCAAUCAAGAAAGAGGAGAUAUGCCAUUGAGAAUUCUGAAAUGUAUAAUGACUAUGAUGAUAAUAGGAUCAAACGGGGCGAACUCCCUAGUGCGGAGAAGAGGCAGAAAUACGAGUGCUUCAACUGCAAGAAGGCGUUCAAGUCGUACCAGGCUCUAGGGGGCCACAGGCCAUGCCACAAGAAGAUCAACGCGUUGUAUGAGCCAAGAUACGAGACUGGAGAGAAUAGCGUGGAUGAUGAGUAUGUGGCUAGAGGGAAGACGGUUGAGUCCACUAGCAGUAGGAAGCCGGGCAGCUCGUGUGACAAGAAGACGAAGGCUAAGAAGAGCAAAGGCCAUGUCUGCCCUUUCUGCAACAGGGUUUUCAAGAACGGGCAGGCGUUGGGCGGCCACAAGAGGUCACAUUUCAUCGGUGGCCAUGAGGUGAACACGCACCCUAGCCCGGUCGCCAAGCUGGACUUGCUCGACCUCAAUCUGCCCGCCCCUCAGGACGAUGAGGAUGAUGGGGACGACCAGUACUCGCCUUGGUAGGGCCGGACGCUUGAGAAACUCGAACACAUACAUUGAAAUUGGUGGAAGGCACACCACAUUGUGCUCCUUUCUUGCUAGCCUCCUCAUACCAAAAAAAGCAAAAUUUAAAAAAAAAACAAGGAAGAAAACCUCAUGCAAACUAGAGGUUUAUUUUUGUAUUCCAUUUGCAUUAUUAUGUCUAAAAAUGACAAUAUUUGUUGUUCUUUGUUAUCUAGAAUAUGAUCAAUACAUAUAAGAGAGGCAGGCUC